UGACUGGAUUUGGUAGUACAUUUGGUGCAACACCCGCUACAACAGCGUCGACGGGAUUUGCUGGCUUCGGUUCACCUUUUGGGGCCCCAAGUACCCAACCACCAACUGGAUUUGGUACCGCAUUCGGAACGCCUGCGUCAGCGCCUUCUGCAUUUGGUACCAGCACCUUUGGGGCUGCAGCUGCCUCUUCCACUCCGUCCGCUUUUGGAACGAGUUUUGGUGCACCUACUGCUUCGGUAGCACCGACUUUUGGUGGUGGAUUUGGGACUCAACAAGCACAACCAAGUUUAUUUGGAGCUGCUACUACUUCAACGCCGAGUCUUUUUGGGACCACUACCUCUGCACCUAGUUUGUUUUCAAGUGGCACUGGCGGAGGUUUGUUUGGUGGUACCACUACUACCCAAUCUGCCGGAUUAUUCGGGGGCACUGCAACCGCGACUACUCCAAGCCUCUUUGGUUCAACAACGACACCUUCAUUAUUUGGUCAACAGCCAACUGCACCAGCUCCUAGCUUGUUCGGCACUGCAACUUCAGGAACCAGUGGCUUUGGAACUGGAACCAGUUUGUUUGGUUCGACAACAACUACAUCAGCGCCAUCCUUGUUUGGAACUGGUUUUGGAUCCACUACAACCACCGGAGGAUUUGGAGGCUUUGGAGGCACAACUUCGACUUUUGGAGGCUUUGGACAACAAGCGCAGACGUCAUUUUUUGGUAAACCUGCUGUUCCACCGGCUGCACCUCAACAAGUUCCCCCUUCGAAGAAUCAACAAGUUCUAGCUUCUGUCUACUCAAUUAAUGUUUUUAACGACGAAAGGGACGACAUUCUUAAAAAAUGGAACAUGCUACAAGCUUGUUGGGGAACAGGGAAAGGCUACUACAACGGCCAACUGCCGCCCAUUGAAUACGAUACUCAAAGCCCAUUUUACAGAUUCAAAGCGAUGGGUUAUAAUGUCAUUCCAGAGCAUGAUAAUACGGACGGCAUUGUCAAAUUGGUUUUUAAUAAGAAAAUCGACGAAAUGAAAACACAGUCAGAAGUCCUUAAAAAUGGCAUAAGCGGAAUAUUGGGAAAUAAACCAAACUUAGUAGUUGAAAUUAACCAAAUACGAGCUCUAUCUGCCAAUCAGACGGAAGUGAGGAUAGUGGUACAAGAAAAAGGUGUUACAGGCACCAGCAGAAAAAUCCCUGCAUCAGAUUUGGCAAACUUCUUAAAUCAACCAAUGCCAAAACAACAACUCUCUACCGUAAUGGUUACGUCAAUUACUCCAUAUGUAACUCCAUCCAAAGCUGAGUUGGAAGAGUAUUUAAAGAAUCCUCCAUCAGGAACUGAUUUGCAGAUGUGGCGGGCUGCCAUUGACGACAAUCCGGAUCCCAAGAAAUACAUCCCAGUGCCUGUAAAUGGGUUUUCUACACUCAGAUCUAGGUUGCUUAACCAGGAACAUCAAACAGGAUUACAUCAGGCGUUUCUCGACAAAGUGAAUAAAGAAAUUACUGAUUUGAAAAUUAGACAUUCUGCGUCUGUGGCAAAAAGUAACGAACUCAAAUCUAAAUUUUAUGAGCUGCAGCAUAGAAUAUUAAGGAUUUUGGUCAAGCAGGAAUGUACUCGUAAAGUAGGUGUUGCCAUUUUACCAGAGGAGGAAAUUUUACGAGGUAGACUCGAAACCAUGUAUCAGCUGUUACACAAUCCCAAACAGUUCAAGGGACAAGUCAACGAAAUUUUAGCAACUAUUAAGAUAAUGGCUGGUGGUUGUAAACAAACCGUUCCUAGUUACCGGAUAGAUGGAGAAGUGGAGAAAGAAAUAAAGCAAUUUUUGAAAAUGGAACAAAACGGAAUAUCUCACUUAGUUCGUAUAAUACAAUCGGAUUUGAAAUCAUUAAAUAUUAUCAACGAGUCACUUAAACAGAAGUCUCUUAAUUGACAAUUUAGCAUAUGUUAAAAUUUAUUUUUAAAUGUUAUUUAAAUUUUGGAAAACAAUUGUAACUGGUAAUAUAUAUUUUUUAAGUAUUUUAUUGCUUUGUUAAAUGUAGACACG